GCAGGCGAGCGAAACACGGCGCGAUCACGGUGAAAAAAGCAGGCAGAAAUCCAACCAAAUCCACCUCCCUCUCCACCUCCACGCGCCGCUGCGCGACACGACACCACCCUCCCCUGCUUGCCACCAUUCCGAGGCAGUCCCAUGUGCUCUGCUCACAUGCUCGCCGAUCGAUCCUCACUGCCUCACUGCUCCUAGCCUAGCCGCGGCGCCACACAGCAGGCGGUCGCGGUGAGUGAGUGAGUGAGUGAGUGAGGCGCGGGAGGUCGAGAGAUGAAGGAGGCGGCUGUUGGCGGCGGCGGCGGGGACGGGGCCGGGUUCGUGCGGGCGGACCAGAUCGAUCUCAAGAGCCUCGACGAGCAGCUCGACCGCCACCUCGCCCGCGCAUGGACCCUGGACAAGCCCAAGCGCGGCGCCGGCGACGGCCAGGAGCGGCAGCAGCAGCCGCGCCAGGACUGGGAGGCCGACCCCGCCAGGCUCGUCGUCCGGGGCGUCAUCGCGCGCGGCACCUUCGGCACCGUCCACCGCGGCGUCUACGACGGCCUCGACGUCGCAGUUAAAUUGCUUGAUUGGGGGGAAGAUGGUCACAGGUCAGAGCAAGAAAUAACAGCAAUAAGAGCAGCUUUUUCACAAGAAGUCUCCGUCUGGCAUAAGCUUGAUCAUCCAAAUGUAACUAAGUUUAUAGGGGCUAUAAUGGGUGCUGGGGAUCUGAAUAUUCAGACAGAAGAUGGAAACAUUGGCAUGCCAAGUAAUGUGUGCUGUGUCAUUGUGGAGUACCUUGCUGGAGGUGCACUGAAAACAUUUCUGAUAAAGAACAGGAGAAGGAAGCUGGCUUUCAAAGUUGUGGUCCAGAUAGCUCUUGACCUUGCCAGGGGAUUAAGCUAUCUUCACUCAAAGAAAAUUGUUCACCGUGACGUAAAGACUGAAAACAUGCUUCUUGACAAAACAAGAACUGUAAAAAUCGCCGACUUUGGUGUUGCUCGCCAUGAAGCUGCAAACCCCAGCGACAUGACAGGCGAAACUGGCACCCUUGGCUACAUGGCACCUGAGGUUCUCAACGGCAACGCUUACAACAGGAAAUGCGAUGUCUACAGCUACGGGAUCUGCCUUUGGGAGGUGUACUGCUGCGACAUGCCGUACGCGGACCUGAGCUUCUCGGAGGUCACGUCCGCUGUUGUUCGUCAGAACCUGAGGCCGGAGAUACCGCGGUGCUGCCCGAGCGCCUUUGCGAACGUGAUGAAGCGGUGCUGGGACGCGAACCCCGACAAGCGGCCAGAGAUGGCGGAGGUGGUGACGAUGCUGGAGGCGAUCGACACGUCCAAGGGUGGGGGCAUGAUCCCUGUGGACCAAGCGCGGGGCAUCGGGUGCCUCUCGUGCCUCAGGCCACGCAGGGGCCCCUGAACCCUGGAUGACGCACGAUGCACGGAUGGAUCACGCGUAGCUGAGGUGGAGCUGGUGUUCUUUCUGCAAUAUAAUGUUGAGAUUGAGCUCUGGAUCUCGCGUUGGUUGAUUGCAUUUGGUUUAGUUUCAAACAAGGUAAGCAAACGGGUUGAUGGAGCUUAGCUGGUGUGACCCAUGGUUUGGCAGGCAGGCAGGCCAUCUGAUGUAAAUUACCCCGUCUCUGCCCCUUGUGCUGCUUAUCGAUGAAGAACAGGCUCGCUCGUUCGUCUA